AUGGCUGCCUCACGCGAAGAGGCCCCGUUGCUCGGCUCGGAAUCCCGCUCAAUAACCGUGCCUUAUGAAUAUUCAAGCAUCUCGACGCAAAAUUACAAUAACAGCCAUGUCGACGAAGAGUAUGCCGAACCCACGACGCCGGGGAGAUCUGGCAGACGAGCUGCGGGCGUGGCUCGCAUGGAGGCCGUUUCGGCCCAGCUGUCUCACUCAGAGCGCUUCUGGAUCUUCUCGGGCAUCUUUCUGAUAGGCUAUGCGUACGGCCUCGAGAGCCAGGUCCGGUCAACUUACAUGCCGUAUGCGACAUCCAGCUUCUCGCUGCACUCAUACCUGGCCACGAUCAACCUUUUGCGCAGCGUUGUUGCGGUUGCGAUCCAGCCCACGGCGGCCAAGAUUGCCGAUGUCUUUGGGCGCUUCGAGGUCGUGGCGGCGUCCACCUUGUUCUACACCGUCGGCAUGGCCAUCGAGUCGACGUCCAGCUCCGUCUAUGCCUUCUGCGCCGGCACCAUCCUCUACCAGGUCGGCUACACCUGCAUCGUGCUGCUGCUGGAGAUCCUCGUCGCCGACUUCUCGUCCAUGCGGGCCCGCGUCUUCUUCAGCUACAUUCCCGCGCUGCCGUUCAUCGUCAACACGUGGAUCAGCGGCAGCAUUACGUCGGCGGUGCUGCGCGUCACCACGUGGCGCUGGGGAAUCGGCAUGUGGUGCAUCAUCUACCCUGUCGCCUCUCUCCCGCUGCUCAUCACACUAUACUCGAUUGAUCGCCGCUCGGCGCGGGGACCUCGCAAGGACGAGCUUGUCGACGGCUCCAGCGGCCUCGACAACCUCCGCAAGUGGAGGACUCAGCUCUUCGACCAGGUGGACGGCAUCGGCCUCAUCACGCUCGUCACGGCCUUCAGCCUCGUUCUCACGCCUCUCACGAUUGCGGGCGGUACCGUGUCGCACUGGAAGAACCCGCAGGUCGUGCUUCCAUUGAUCGUUGGGCUGGUCUGCGUUCCCGCCUUCAUCUUCUGGGAGAAGAAUGGUGCCAGAAAUCCGCUUGUCCCUUUCCAUCUGCUCAAGGAUCGCGGGGUCUGGGCGGCUCUCGCAGUGCGCAGCCUGCUCAACUUUGCCUGGUAUGUCCAGGGCAACUAUCUCUAUACCGUUCUCAUUGUUGCGUUUGAUUUCCCCAUCGAGAAUGCCACCCGGAUCCUCUCCUUCUUUUCCUUCUUCGGCGUUGUUAGUGGCGUUGCUGUAGGUCUUGUCAUUUACAGAUUCCGACGUCUCAAACACAUCAUCGUCCUAGGCACGAUAGUCUUCAUGAUCGCCUUGGGCGUUCUAAUAAAGUUUCCCGGAGGUGCGACUGCUUACUCUAGAUCUGGACUCAUCGGCGGCCAAAUCCUUCUGGGCCUCUCCAGCGGCUUGUUUGCUUAUCCUACCCAAGCCUCGAUCCAAGCCUCGGCAUCGCGAGAUCAUGUUGCCAUCCUGACGGGGCUCUACCUCUCCUUUUACAACGUUGGCAGUGCACUUGGCACUUGCAUCGCUGGGGCGAUCUGGACCCAGACUCUAUACCCCACGCUGGAAGCAAGCUUGGCUUUCCAACCCAACGUUACUCUGGCACGAGCUAUUUACGAGAAUCCGUUUUCCAUUGUUUCGCAAUACCCCGUCGGAACAGAAAUCCGAAGUGCCAUUAUUCACAGUUAUCAGAGCAUUCAGCGCUUGCUUUGCAUCACGGCCAUGUGUAUUUGUUUGCCCAUGAUUGGCUUUGCCUUGGCUCUCAGAAAUCCAAAACUUUCAGACCAACAGGUCCAGGAAGAUGCGGAGGACGAGCGACCAAACGACGUAUGA